AUGUACAUAAAUUUAUCCAAAAAAAAUAUCGACGAAGAAGAAGACCUAGAUGAAGACGACGACGAAGAAGAAAUGAUGACCGACAGUAACAAAGAAUCAUUGGAUAUAAACGCAGCUUGGAGAUCGAGACGCGCUCUUCCGAAGGAAUAUUUUAUUGAAAUAAUGGUUGUCGCGGAUGCUAAAAUGAUUGAAUUGCACGGCGUCGGUCUUGUCAGCUACAUUUUGGGUCUUAUGAACACGGUAUCAAGAAUUUUCAAGGAUCCAUCAAUAGGAAACCCGAUAAGUUUAUCAAUAACAAAAAUAGUAAAAAUUGAGGAGGUAUUCGGAACGAGGCAGAAUGGAACUGACGGUAUAGCUGCUGCGGAAAUGCUUAAAAAAUUUUGCUACUGGCAGAAACAUAAUAACCCGGAUGAGCCAUCGCCGGAGCACCAUGACGUGGCGCUUCUUCUAACGAGAGAAGAUUUAUGCCACAAUAUUGGACAAAGAAGGUGUGACACGUUAGGUCUAGCCGAGCUGGGUAGGAUGUGUUCACCAGGAUCUUCAUGUGCAAUAGCCCAGGAUAACGGUCUGGCUGCAGCCUUCACAAUCGCCCACGAGAUUGGUCAUGUUUUCAACAUGCCCCACGACGACGACAACCGAUGUGUGAAAUUCCGCAAUCGCUCGCCAGUCCACAAAGUAAUGUCUCGGAUGCUGGACGACAAAACGCAUCCUUGGGAAUGGUCCAAGUGCUCCCGGCACUACCUUACUGAAUUUCUAGAAUCGGGCAAGGCAAACUGUCUGCUUGACGAGCCCAGAGAUAUGAUAAGAUCCGACUCGGGACGACUACCUGGGGAAGAUUACUCGGAAAACGAACAAUGCGAGCUUGUUUUUGGCCUCGGCUCCAAAAUAUGUCCUCACAUCGAGAUUGAUGUGUGCAAGAGACUGUGGUGCACCGCACCAUCCUCGAGCCAUCAGCCCCAGUGUCACACCCAGCACAUGCCUUGGGCAGAUGGCACCCCCUGUGCCUUCGGAAUGUGGUGUCAACGUGGUAAAUGCGUCUCCAAGCGGAACUUGAUCCCGAUCGACGGCCAAUGGGGCGAAUGGGGCCGCUACGGACCCUGUUCAAGAAGCUGCGGUGGCGGGAUAAAGGCCAAGCGUCGCGAAUGUAAUAAUCCGCCUCCUCAAAACAGCGGAAACUACUGCAUCGGCGAGCAUAAUCUAUCACGUGACGUCAAAUGGCACGCUAAAUCUAUAAAAAUUCCGCAGGAAGAUCGGUGCAAACUGUUCUGCCAAGUUGAAAGCAAUCAGUACUACAUGCUAAACGACACGGUGAUCGAUGGUACACCCUGCGGGCCUGACACCUUUGAUAUUUGCGUUAACGGGCAUUGCAAACAGGCGGGCUGCGACCAUGUUCUCGGGUCGAACGCCAAGUUGGACACAUGUGGAGUUUGUCGCGGUGAUAAUUCUACAUGUCAACGCAUCACGGGGGCCUACAACUCCAGCGGGGUCUAUGGCUACAGGAAAGUUACUAAGAUUCCUAAGGGAAGUAGCUACAUUGAUAUACGGCAGCUCGGAUGGGGAGGCUCUCACAACGACAGCAACUAUCUUGCUCUGAGGCUCGGCGAAGACGGAGAGUAUAUUCUUAAUGGGAACUACAUGGUGAUGCACAAGAAAGUUAUUGUUCUUCCUGGUAGCGCUAUUGAAUACAGCGGGCCUGGGACUGUGGUCGAGCGAUUGAAUAGUUCAAGGCCCGUCGGGGUUGAUUUGAUUCUUGAGAUUUUAUCAGUCGGUGACAUCGUUCCUCCUCAAAUAACAUACGAAUAUACAGUACCAAAAAGAAUACUAGGCAGCUAUACUUGGAUUUUAAGCGAUUGGUCAUCAUGUAGCCACAUGUGCCAGGGUAAUAAGCAGCGUCGCGCAGAAUGCCGUAAUACUGAGCAUAAAGACGUCGUUUCUGAUGAUUAUUGCCGACGAGAAGAAAGACCUCAGGAAGAGUCUCAAUUAUGUAAUACGCAUUGCAUACUUCAAUGGCAACUUACACCAAAAUCAGAGUGUUCAAAACACUGUGGACCCGGAACACAAAUGGUAUCUAGUCGUUGCUUCCAAGUUAUUUUGAAUUCGCCCAAUCAGUCGCCUAGACUGCUAAAAGAUUACGCGUGUACCCAUUUGGAACGUCCAAGUGAUAUUCGGCCUUGUGUAGGCCCCUGCGAUGAUGUUCGUUGGAGCUACAGUGAUUGGGGCACUUGCAGUGUCACCUGUGGUGGAGGCGUUCAAAUUCGUACGGCCAAGUGCAUUGACUCUAAUGGAGUUGAAGUUGCGGAAAGAACAUGCAAUGCUUCUGAAAAAAUUCUCAAGCGUUUUUGUGGAUCUGAAGCUUGUCCUCAAUGGACAUUUGGCGAAUGUGCGAUGCUGAUUGCGGUGAAGGUUACCAACAUCGGCAAGUUCGUUGCCAAAGUCCACGUGAAAGAAGACGACGUUAGGGAUUAUAGGGUAAAUAUUUUACAGUGUACAAAAUCAUGUGGAGGUGGAAUUAAAGAAAGGAGAGUCGACUGUGUAAUAAGGUGGUUUAAUGGCGAUAAGGAAGAAAGGGUUGGUGAUGAGGAGUGUACGAGAUUCGGUUUUAAUAAACCAAGAACACACAGACCGUGUCAGAGGAUACCAUGUGACUUUACUUGGAAGGAGGGCAGCUGGUCUGAGUGUUCAGCAGAUUGUGGUGACGGAAUACAAAGACGUGCUGUAACAUGUCACCAUAUUAAUCGUUACGGGUGGAUAGAUCCAUCACCAGCGGAAGGAACACGCGUUGCAAGAUCAAACUGUCCUGCAGAAUUCAAACCUCAGAGGAAGCGCAAGUGCAAUCAGCGCCGAUGCGGCCCUCUAACUUGUCUCGAAGCACAACGACGAUUGAAAUCCACAAAAGACGGGGAAUACACUUUACUCAUCGGCGGUAAAAAUAUGUCCAUUUAUUGCCAUGAUAUGGGAACUAGCGAACCGAGGGAAUAUCUUACAUUACCAGCUGGCGAUAGAGAAAAUUACGCUGAAAUUUAUGAUAAAAGGUUAAACGAUCCAAACACUUGUCCUUUUGGAGGUCAGCGAAAUGACAGUUGCGAUUGUUUUGACAACCGCGGUACCGUUUCAGGAAGAACGAUGUUCAAACGAGUGAGGAUUGAUGUCGCUAAGCUGAUUAUUAUGGCUAACGACUACACAUUUUCGUGGACAAAGGGAGCCAAGAGGGUGGAGUAUGGAAAGGCUGGAGAUUGCUAUAGUAGGCAAGAUUGUCCUCAAGGGAGGUUUAGUAUUAAUUUAACCGGCACUGCCCUUAAACUAGCCAGAGAGGUAACAUGGAAACCAGAAAAGUCACGCGCGCAUCUUGCCAUUAAUAGAAUUACGGAUCAAAGAAUAUUAGGCAAAUGUGGCGGCUACUGCGGAUUCUGCUCCCCCGCAGGGGACAUGAAACUCGAAAAACUAAACGAACACAUUAAGGACAAUAAUAAAAUAAAACUA